UAGUACGUGACCUCCUUACCUGUACUACAGACCGAUAGUUAAUCUUUCUACGUGUACAGAGUGUGUUUAGCACUGCGCUUGGCCGUCUACUAUCAGCAUACAGACUGGAACAUAAAUCAACUGAUAUAUUUUAUCGGUAUAGACACUGGAGCAAGGUUCAUAAUCUAUGGUUGUGUUUCUGGUGAAUUGGAUGUUUGGAAGUAGUUCAAAUAAGUCUCAUUUUCUUCUUCACUUAGUUAGUUCAUAAGUGAAUUGAACGUUCGACAACUGGUCGCCUACAUUUUAAAUGUCUCAGGUCAACCCUGCAGUAAUCCUCAUUCUACUGGACAGUUGUUUGACAAAGGUCAUUAUUUAGAUCGUUUUGAAACACGACUACUGUAUUGCACAAGAACAUACAUUUGAAAUGAACUCAGUCGAAAGUAAAUAAUUCUGAACAAAGGAGUUAAUCAGUUUCACUCAAGAGCUAAGCUAUUCACCAGAAGGUUGUCGUGUCAUUCUCAACCGACUAUGGAUCUUUAUCUGAUUAUCAUCGGUACACUGCUGGCGGCUAUAUGUAUCUGGAAAGUCAUUGGAAUGGUGAACAGAUACAAAGGUCUGAUAAAAUUAUACAAUCAGAAGAAUAUCCAACCAGCAGGGAAGUUUCAUCCAUUCUGGGGUCAUCUUCAUCUAGGUGCAGAUUUUGACGAAUUUACGAACAUCUGCUUUAAGUUGAUAGAGCAAACAAAAACUCGCAUGGUCUCGAUAUGGAUGAUGUUUUUCUUUCCACUUAUUCUCGUAUGCCAUCCAGAAACAGCAAAAAUCGUGCUCAAGUCUUCUGAACCGAAGUCCAAACGUAUGGGUGGGGCUUACUUCCCUCUUUUGGACUGGCUGGGUGAUGGUUUACUUAUCAGUGACGGUAAGAAGUGGGAGAGAAACAGACGCUUGUUAACACCAGCAUUCCACUUUGACGUACUCAAGCCCUAUGUACAAAUCUAUAACAGCGUUUUCAGCAUCUUCCUGGAUAAGUUGGAGAAGGCGACCUCUGGCGGUAAAAGCGUGGAGAUAUAUGAGUCGGUAGGGCUGGCUACUCUCGAUACCAUGUUGCGUUGCUCAGUGUCAUACGAUGCGAAAGUCCAGGAACAAGGUUCAAACCAUCCAUACGUAGACGCAGUACGAAGACUGAGCUACAUAUCCCAGGAGAGACUUCUGCGCCCUUGGCUGACCCCAGACUUUCUGUUCUACCUGUCACCAAUCGGAAGGGAGUUUUCCAAACAUGCAAAAUACGUACACGAUUUCGACGAAAAGGUCAUACGGGAAAGAAGAAAAUCGUUGGCAGAUAACCCAUCUGUUCUCGAAAAGCGUCACCUGGACUUUCUGGAUAUCCUGCUGACCGCCCGUGACGAACAGGGCACUGGGCUGACUGACCGUGAGGUCAGGGAUGAGGUCGACACUUUCCUCUUCGAAGGCCACGACACCACUGCUUCAUCAAUUGGUUGGGCGAUCUACGCAUUGGCAAAAUAUCCAGAGGAACAACAAAAAGUGUAUGAAGAAGUGAAAAGAGUUUUGGGAGGCAGAGAAAAUGUAGAAUGGUCUGAUAUCCAGGAGUUUACCCGGUUGUCCCUGUUUAUAAAGGAAACAAUGCGAAUGUACUCGCCCGUUCCUGCUAUUGCUAGAGUGACCACACGUGAAAUGGAACUUGAGGGCGUGGUAAUUCCGGUCAAUACGGAGGUCACCAUCAUGAUACAAGUCCUCCAUCACAACGAGGAGAUCUGGAACAAACCAGAAGAGUUCAGGACUGACCGCUUCGCUGAAGAAUCCAAAAGGGAUCCAUAUAGCUAUGUGCCAUUUUCAGCAGGACCAAGAAAUUGUAUCGGUCAGCAUUUCGCCUUGAAUGAACAGAAAGUGGCGCUUGCAAGAUUAGUUCAACGAUUCCGGAUAUUACCUGAUCCCAACAAUGUUGCAGUACCAACGAACGCAGUGGUGACGCGUUCUAAAAACGGAAUCUAUAUUAAACUGGAAAAACGAUAAUCUAACAAAAUGUCUUUGAAAAAUAGAAAAUGAGAAAACAGUGGUGAAUCAAACCCUGACAUAGGACACUAUGUAGACCAUUUCGAAGGUAUAUCAAACAACUGUCUCAACUCCGAUAUGUAAAACACUGUCUUUUUCCCCUUUUAUCAUCGGUAUUUAUUUACUUUUUUUUGUAGUUACAAUAUGUAUAUCUUAGUAAGGAAAAUAAUAUUAACAGUUAAAUAACCUGUGUUUAAUGUGCCACACUUGUAAUUUUCAAGGUUUUACAGGUUGUACAGAGUUAUUGUUUCCUCUUCCGGGAAGAGAUACAUGUAUAUAUCUCGCAAUAUAUACGUAACAAAGGAUCACUAUUUGUGUGUUUAUUAAGGCUUUCAUUACCUUAUUACCUAUCAGUUUUCAUCCGUAUGUAAUAUGAGUACCAAGUGAGCAAAGGUAAAUUUAACGUAAAGCGCUAUCGUUGAACAUGUCUUCGUCAAGGCGACUUUCUCGUGCCUGUAAAUGACAAAUGAAAACAGUACAGUGCUUAUAAAGACCAGGUUUUCGCAAUUUUUGAUAGAAAAAUGAAAUCUACUAAAUAAAAUUCAGCAUUAAGUUCAUAAUAUGAAGCCUUAAAAGAGCGUAGCUUUUUUUGAUCUUUGAUAUUUACUGAUUCAGAAUACUGCUUUCAGAAUGCGAUAAGAUAAACUUCAUUUAAAGUCAACAAGUCGAGGAAUAACAAUAAAACACAAGCUCUAAUGAGAUUAACGACAUAACAAUAGGGGAGACUUGGCAAGUUCGCUUUUUUAUUAUUAUUAUUAAAGUUCGUUCUAGGAAGUAUGGCAGCACGACCGUCUUUGAACAUAAUUUAACUUUUCCUGAAGAUCGGAUGGCCGAACGAGCCCCGCCAUGGGGUAUACGUAAGUUCGGACAGGCAUUCGGGUAAAUUCGACCCCCAUUGGAAUCGGCUUAAUUAUGACUUCAUAAUGCAUGCAACAUUAGAUUUUACCGACAAUUUUACGACGUUUUAUUUGUAAACUACAUGGGCCGACCUUGCCACGGUAUUAUUGGCCGAACCUGUUCAGGCCCAAAUUGAUAUUUCAAUAAAUUCUUAUCGUACAGCAAUAUGGUAGUAAGCUGUCAGUGUGUGUUUCGCAUA